GGGAAGGAGGAAGGAAGAAGGAAAGGCUUCCCCGCCGCGGCGGGAACUACGCGUCCCGGCGUGCGCCGCUACUGGCGGGGAGUGGCUCGGGGACGGGGGAGCCCUGAGGCGGGUGAAGGCGAGGCUGGCGGUGCGCGGCUGUGGUGGCCCCUGAGUUGUGGUUUCCGGGGGGAGUGAGAGGCUCAGGAUGUCGAGGAACUUCUCUGACACAGGCAGCAGAAAAGAGCAUGUUAAAAUCACAAGUGAGCCCAAACCAGGGUUCCUGGAGCGGCUCAGUGAGACUUCUGCAGGCAUGUUGAUUGGACUUGUGACAUUUCUUCUGGCUUUCUACCUUCUUUUUACCAAUGAAGGACGAGCUGUCAGGACAGCCAAGUCUCUCGAGGAGGGGCUUUCUAUUGUGAUCCCUCUUGACAGCAUCCACGGUAUCUCUCAGCAGAAUGAGGGGAGACUGGUGCACUUGGCUGGAGCUCUGAGUACAUCUAAGCCUUUGUUUGACCCCAGCUAUGGGCUCUCCAUCCAAGCUGUCAAACUUAAGCGUAAUGUGGAAAUGUACCAGUGGGUAGAAUAUGAAGAUUCCAAGGAAUAUGAGGAGAAUGGUGAGAUUAAGAAAGAGACAACGUAUUCAUACAAUACAGAGUGGAAAUCAGAAAUUGUGAACAGCAGAAACUUUGAUCGAGAAAUUGGACACAAGAACCCGAGUGCCAUGGCUGUGGAGUCUUUCACUGCUGUUUCUCCUAAUGUCCAGGUUGGCAGCUUUUUUCUUUCCAAGGGUCUCGUGGAUAAAAUUGAUGAUUUCAAGCAGUUGAGCUUAUCACACCUGGAGGAUCCCCAUGCUGAUGUUACCCGAGGAGGAGAUUACUUCUAUCACAGCGACAAUCCCAGGCGUCCAGAAGUUGGAGACCUUCGUGUCUCUUUCUUCUAUGCAGGUCUGAGUGGAGAUGAUCCCCGGUUGGGCUCUGCUGAUAAGGUGACUGUGAUUGCUCGGCAGCGAGGUGAUCAGCUGGUUCCUUAUCCUACCAAGUCUGGAGAUGUUCUGGAGAUUCUCUACCCUGGGGACCUCUCUGUGGAGGAGGUAUUUCAGAAGGAGCAUGAGAGUAACACCAUGAAGACCUGGGCCCUCCGUGCAGCUGGCUGGCUCUCAAUGUUUGUGGGCAUCAGCCUGAUGACCCGAAUCUUUUACACAUUAGUGGACUGGUUUCCUAUUGUGAGGGACCUGGUUAAUGUUGGCUUGAAGAUGUUUGCCCUGUGUGUGGCCAGCUCUCUGUCCCUGCUGACCAUCUCUGUGGGCUGGCUCUUCUACCGCCCGCUCUGGGCCCUGCUCCUCGCACUGCUCUCCAUAGUCCCCAUCAUGGUGGCCAGGUCCCGUGUUCCAUCCAAGAAGCAGCAGUGAAGAGGAGGUGGUCAGGAACUGAGUCCUGGUUAGAACCUUCCCAAGUGCAUUUCUGCCCGGUUCCUGCAGCAAGCUUACAGCAAAUCACAGCUCAGCAGUGAGCACUGAAAGCUGGGGAGGGGGCUUCAGUGUGAUUUUUGGUACAUGAUAUCCAUGGGACUAUAGGAUGCUGUUUGUGGGAAGUCAGAGACGCCAGCUGUGCAGAAAAAAGCAUUCUGGGUAAGUAACUGAACAAGCAGAUUUGUACCUCUUAACUGCUUAGUAAUUUCUCCUGAUUUGAGAAUAACUGGCAAGUCCUUGCUGGGUGGGGCACCUUGUGUGUUUUGGAGAAAGUGCCAGCUGCAUCCCAUGGACCCUGGUUAGAUAUCCUUAGGAAAUAACGUGUGUCUGCCUGUCUCUGACAAACCCUCCCUCUGCUGCCUUUUCUUGUUUGCACAGUCAGGAACACUCCUAUGGCUGAUGUGUUUGGCAGUGCGUGUGUUCAAAGGGAAAACGUAGCUUAGGUGAAUUCCACACAAUAUUCAUGUAAACCCUCUGAUUCUGGACUGAGGAUUUUCAAAGUCAUUGAUGUAAUGAGUGGCCAGGUUAGCUGUGCUCUGAGGUUGGGCAGAUUUAUCAGGACACAUUGAUUUCCCCCAGGUUUUAACUGUCUGAAAUUGUUCUUGGUUAAACAUCCAAAAUGACAGCCUGGACCAUAUCAUUGCAAACUGUUUCAAAAAUUUCACUUCAAAUUGCACUUAAGGGGAUGCUCAGAGGUCAUUCACCUGUAAAUGUAAAACUUACUGCCUUGAAACAACAUUGACUUUCAUAAGUGAAUGGGUAGUCUCUAAAAUAGUUGGGGUUUUUUGCUCUGUAUACUGUUCCUUUCUUUAAUUUUACGUAGUAAGUACGAUGACAGUACUCUGUGAAAUUAAGAAAUGGAAGCAUUUUUGCCUGAUUAGUUUCAUAUAUUUUUGUAGCCUAAAUUGUUAGUUUUGUAUCAAUAGAGGAAUGCCUUGUAGUGUUGUGAUAGCUCAUGUUUCUGCUGUAACCAAUACUUGAGGUUUGAGACACCCUUAAGUCUCCACCAAGCUAAAGUCUGACUUCCAGAUGAGCCUCCCUACACUACUGUUUUGGGGGUUUUUAUAAGUAUAUACAAUUCAGUACAAAAAUAAUGUUUUCAAUUAUGAAAUCUCUUAUUACUCAGAGGAGUGUUCUCUGUACCAAAGGAACUUGACUUGAACAUACAGUGGAGCAAAUGUUUGGUAGAAAAUUAUACUGAAAUAGAAAUCUGAAUUAGAAAUCAUAAAUGUUUUGAGAAUUUGUAAUUACUUGAUUAGUCCUAAUUACUUGCAUUCUUUUGAUAUUUGAAUAUUAUCAGUUUGGUCUCACAGCUCUGUCCUGCUGGUGAAAGCAGGAGCAAUGAGUGAAAGGGUGGGUACAGGAGAUGGCUUUGUGCAUGGCAGUGGUGUUGCACAAUCUUCCUGCUGCUCAGCAACACCAGCUCACGCUCCAGCAGUCAGGAAUUGUGCUCCAUGGGAGAGAAACUGGGUUUGAACUGCUGCUCUUUUGCCUGUGAUGCAGAACACUAACCAGCAUUACUUAUUGGAAAUGAAGUGACAAUUUUCUGCAGCAGUGCUGAGCUUUUGUAUAUUUAAUAAAAUACAGUUUUAUCAAAA